GUGAACGGUUCCGCAAUAAAAGGCCGUAGCCUAACCUUCCGUGCGCAUUGUUUCGUUUCCUCGAGUUGCGCGAGAUGGCGAGAACCAAGCAGACCGCCCGCAAGUCCACCGGCGGCAAAGCCCCCAGGAAGCAGCUGGCCACCAAGGCCGCCCGCAAGAGCGCCCCGGCCACCGGCGGCGUGAAGAAGCCCCACCGCUACAGGCCCGGCACCGUGGCCCUGCGCGAAAUCCGCCGCUACCAGAAGUCCACCGAGCUGCUGAUCCGCAAGCUCCCCUUCCAGCGUCUGGUCAGGGAGAUCGCCCAGGACUUCAAGACCGACCUGCGCUUCCAGAGCUCGGCCGUCAUGGCCCUGCAGGAGUCGAGCGAGGCUUACCUGGUCGGCCUGUUCGAAGACACCAACCUGUGCGCCAUCCACGCCAAGAGGGUCACCAUCAUGCCCAAAGACAUCCAGCUGGCCCGUCGCAUCCGCGGGGAGAGAGCUUAAAAAUCUUCCGCCCUCAACCCCCCCCCCCCCCAAAAAAAAAACGGCUCUUUUAAGAGCCACACAUUUAUUACCCUAAAAAGGCAAUUCCGUCGUGCAUUUGUUUUUUUUUUUUUUUUUUGAAAAUUUUUUUUUUCUAUUUCAAUCACUGCUUACAUCACAAAGAAUGAGUGUUCACAAAGAUUGACACCAAAUUCAUAAUCAUAUUUCUGAGUAAAUUCGGCAAUUUCUUUCUUGGAUUGAAAGAUUCACUGUAUGGAAAUAUUCAACUAACAUUUGGGAUAGUCUAUAGGAAGAACUGAAUAAGGGCCAUUAUUUUCUUGAUUUUGGGCAAUUUUUUUUUUUUUCAAACUGUUGAAAUAAAUCAUUUUUGAAAUUUGUCUGGUGGUUCUUGUUUUCCUGGAGGGGGGGGGAUGUGCGCAUCUUAAAUGAUGAUGCCCGGGUUAUCAAAUAUGAGCACAACUGCUCUCAUUUAUGAAAUAAAAGCAGGCAGGGCUGUGAAGAACAAUCUACGACGACAGUAGUGAAGUAUUAAAACAAAUUUUUACUUGAAAUUAGCACUUUUCCGAGUUUUGCUCAAAAUGAUUUGCGUCAAAAUGACGUUUCUCCACUUCU